GAUCGGAGAGAGCUGGCAGCUCCCAAAUUCAGCAUGCAUCCUCCCAGGCUGGGUAUCGUCGUCCCCUAAACUGUGACAUGGCAAACGCCACCCAGUGGCCAGAGGGCGCCAACGCUUCCUUGCCUGGCGACUUGGAGCCCUGCGUGCCGCGGUGGAGUCCCGCUUCCCGCCUAGCGCUCUAUACCCUCCUGCUUGCCUGCAUCGGCAGCACUGUGCUGGGGAACCUGUUGGUGGUGCUGGCCAUCGUCUACUUCCGGCGCCUCCGCUCGGCCACCAACACCUUCAUCAUGUCCUUGGCGGUGGCCGACCUGAUGGUGGGCCUCGUGGUCAUGCCCUGCAGCGCGGUCCGCACCGUGGAUGGCUGCUGGUACUUCGGGCCCGCCCUCUGCCGCCUGCACUCCAGCCUGGACGUCAUGCUCUGCUCGGCCUCCAUCUUCCACCUCAGCUGCAUCGCCUUCGACCGCUACCACGCUGUGUGCCACCCGCUGCUUUACUCCUCCAGGAUGUCUCGCGGUAGGGUAGUCACCCUUCUUCUGCUUUGCUGGGCGGUUCCUCUGCUUAUUUCCUUCGGGCCAAUCACGUUGCGGCUCCACGAGGUGGCCGUGGACCCGCUGUUGCCGCGCGACUCCUGUCUCUUCCUCGUCAACCCGACGUAUGCCGUCGUGGCCUCCCUUGUUGCUUUCUACCUGCCCAUGACCUCCAUGCUGGUGGCCUACUGGAAGAUCUACAGGGUCGCCAGGAGACAGGCCAUGCAGAUCAGCGCUCUGGAGAACCAGGUGAGCGCACAGGGCGUGGGCGCCGGAAAGCACCAGAGGGCAUCCAUGCGGCGGGAGAGGAAGGCCGCCAACACCCUUGGCAUCAUCAUGGGCGUCUUCCUCCUCUUCUGGUUGCCCUUCUUCACCACCAACAUCAUUGACCCGUUCAUUGAGUACCGGACUGCAGGGCUGGUUUGGGACAUCUUCCUGUGGUUGGGCUAUGCCAACUCAUCCCUCAACCCGUUCCUGUACGGCUUCUUCAACAGGUCCUUCCGUAGGGCCUUCGUCAUGAUCCUGAGCUGUCAGAUAUGCCUGCCAGGGUUGCCCCCCGGCAUGGACCUCUCACUCCAACAGGGACGAUCACAUGAGCAACCAGUAGACUAGCUCACAGUCUGAAAGCCCCAGAACCACCACAGCUCUCAGGUCUACCCUGAUUAAUAGCUUCUUUGCCUUUGUACUGAGGUACCAGAACAGUUUAACGGUUCCUCCUGCUUUUGUAGUCAAGAAAUGACCCUUUAAUGAUCUUCUGCACCCGAUGAUGAAAUUAAUGUUGGCUAAUGGCCAAGAUACUGAACUGUACAGGUUUAAUUUCUACCUUAAGAUUACACGUGAUGCGCAUUCUGGGUAUAAAGUCCCGCAUUGAACUGGAGCGCCUGUA